CCACCCCCUUUCCCACAGAGAAAAAAACAAGCCAAAGCUCUUCGUCUUUCAGGCGCAGCAGAGAGGGGAGCAGAGGGAGGAGGAGAAGGUACAGAGCAGCAGACGACGCAGGUGGGAAGGGCCUGCGACCGAGGCGGCCCCGCGUCUCCGAUCACCCCCGCCUUCUCCUAUUGCCUAAGUAAGUACUGGCUUGAGCUACUAUGAGUACCCAAGCUAAAGACAAAUGCCCACUUUGCAUGGAGACCAUGGAUUUGACAGAUAAACAGCUGAAACCUUGUAAAUGUGGAUAUGAGAUAUGUCUUUGGUGCUGGCAUCAUAUAAUGGAAAUGGACCAGAAGGACGAAUGUGGCGGGAGAUGCCCUGGAUGCCGUUCUAUCUACAACAAGGAUACUAUUUUGGGGACUAGCAUCAGCAACCAAAUACUAAAGGAACUUUGUGCUGACAAAUCAAUUUUGCAACAUGAACAAAUGAAGCUUCAAAAGCAGAAAUCGGCAACGAAUCAGUUGAGAGUGGCAGAAGAACCAAUAGAUCAUCCAGAUAAUGUUCGUGUGAUUCAGAGGAAGCUUGUGUAUAUUGUUGGGAUGCCUUCUGAGUUUGCCAGUGAAAAGGUGCUGAGGCAAAAGAGUUUUCUAGGACAAUAUGGAAAAAUAGAGAACAUCAUUAUCGACAACAUUGGAGCUAACCAACAGAUUCCUGACUCUGGCCGUGUAUAUGUCACAUUUUCGAGAGAAGAAGAAGCUGUACUGUGCAUAGAGGCGGUUAAUGGUUUCGUCUUGGAUGGCAGACCUUUAAAAGCAACGUUUGGCGUUACAAGAUAUUGUCAUAUAUGGCUAAGCAAUAAGGUUUGCCAAAAGCCAAAUUGUUCAUAUGUGCACAAGAAAGCCCUACCAGAAGAUGUUUGUAGCAAAGAUGAUGUUGGUUUGUUUUGCGCAAGGAUUCACCAUUUGCUGGGAAUGAAUAUGAAGGGCCCCCAGCAGCGUUCAGGAGUUACUUUACCUUCUCCAGGUGGCUGCAAUACAAGAACUACCAUGUGUAGUGGGAAUUCCAAAGAUAAAAUUUGCGUCAAUGAUGUAGUAGUACCCAGAGUUUGCAAUAAGAAUCCUGGUACCCUGCCAGCAGCAAUUCCACGGGAUUCAAUUGCUCCUUCAGUGAAGCCGCCAUCCGUCGUAAAUACAGCUCUUCUUCAGCAGAAUAAUCAUGAGAGCGUACUUAGUCAGCAAAAACAGGUCUCCAAAUCUCAAGAGUUACCACCACUUAGACCAAAGGACCAGUUGGCUUCUAGCUCCAAUACAUCUGUGCACUUAGGGAAUGGAAUUUCAGAUUCCAAGAAAAUGACCUCAGAAGUAAAUGGAACAGUUGAAACUUCAUGGAGAAAACCACAGUAUGCUAAUAUAGUUACACAAGGAUCUAGCGGACCAGCUCGCCGCUUGACUGUCCUUACCAGGGAGUUGAUAUCUACUGAUACAAGGUCUAAAGUUACAGGACAAGUAGGUAGUUGGAUAUCAUCUAAAGCUACAGGACAAGCAUGCAGUUCGAUAUCAUCUACUGAUACAAGGUCUAAAGCUGCUGGACAAGUAGUUAGUUCGAUAUCAUCUACUGAUACAAGGUCUAAAGUUGCAGGACAAGUAGUUAGUUCGAUAUCAUCUACUGAUACGGGGUCUAAAGCUGCAGGACAAGUAAGUAGUUGGACAUCAUCUACUGAUACAAGGCCUAAAGCUACAGGACAAGUAGGUAGUUGGACAUCAUCUACUGAUACAAGGCCUAAAGCUACAGUAGUUACUUGGAUUUCAAAUUCCAAGAAACUUGGUUUGGCAAAAGAUGAAGGCAAUGACAGAACUACAAUUCCCAGAUACCAGGCUGUAAAGGGAGUUUCCCAGAGACCAGAGGAACCUUCCCAUAGGUUAACUAACCAGCUUUCCUCGGCAGUUGUUAAACCUUAUGUUAGGACAGAGGAGAAGAAUGCAUGCUCAGAUACCAGGGGUAAUCCAGUCCAAGUAAAGCACAUGCAGGCCAUGGUGAGCACUGCAACUGCAUUGGAGAGUUCGAGUUCCAUUCCUACCAUGCUCAGUAAUCUUUCGAGUUCUAAUGGUGUGUCACAGACAUCAGCUGGGCCAGAUAAGCUUUCAAAUUUGCACAGAAAGUUGCCAUCCGAAAAUCAAUCUCAGAUCUUACAUCAACAAAAGGCAGCUCUUUCAAAUAAAGCUGUAGCAAGUGGUAGCAUUCUCAGCAAUCAAGUUGUGUGCACUGAUGGCAAACAUCAAUCUUCACCACAAGGAGGGGAUCACAGCUUGUGCAGUGGGAAAAUGGCCUUGUUAGGAGAUAAAAUUCCAUCUGAGUAUGCAGAGAAGAUUCGGUUACCAAGACCAGUCAGUGAUAUAUUGGCCAAGGAUAGUCAAGGAAGGAAGAGAUUAGUUUGUCCACCUGGAUUUAGCGGGCUUCGCAAGUCUCCUGAUUCAGGCAAGUCUGUAUCAAUGAGCUCCUCAACUUGCUCCGCACUGCGCUCUACAUCUGAUGCCCCAGUACAAGAUUCAUGCUCUGCACUUGGCUCUACAUCUGAUGCCCCAGUACAAGAUUCAUGCUCUGUUACAGACCAACCAGACAUCAUCAGUUGGGUCUCAGAGUGCCUGGAAGAUGAUGGAGAUCACAAACAAAGUAGCAGUGUGAGCAUAUCUUCCACACUCAGCACCACUGAUACCAUAUGGAGACCCACACAGGCCCCUGGCCCCAGUUUCGGUGCGUCAAACCACUGUCAAUUACCUCCAUACCAUGGUGGCUUGCCCCAGUCCAUGUGUGGGGAUCAAAACCCCAUGAGAUGCUGCUGCACUUUUCCGUCCGUAAGCAAUAGACCAAAUCAGAUGCCUGAAUAUUGGAAUGGAAGUGCCAAUAGUUACAUGGCGCCUGGUGGCUAUGAUACAUUCUACCAAAACUGGACUAAUGGAAGUGCAGAUUCGGGCCUGAACAGCGCACAGGUUGACCUUUCAUAUUCCAUGUACACCCUUUUCUGAUCAACAGUGCUGUGUUGCAACCCUAACAAUACAGACGCACAAGUCAUGCAUAGAUGCUAACCUAGCUCGCAGAAGGGGUGGAUGGUGGUGAGGCGGCAUGGGGUCGCCAAUGCGGUGUUCGUACUGAAGCUUAAGCUUGUAAAGAUUAAACAUGAAACUUAUUGUAAAACGGUUGUGUUGGAUAUAGCACCUUUAGUGAAAA